CAGGUCAGCUCUAUUAGGCUAUGAACGCAACAUUAUCGUUUAGCCAAAUGCCGAAUUACUCGCUGCAAUAAAAGAUGUUGUUGCAAAAUUCAAAGCUUCAUUGGAUGAGAGUGGUCUCGAUCAAGAUGUCAGACUUAUGGGCAACCAGUUGAGGAAUACUUGGCAGCAGCUCAGAUCAGGGGUCGAUCGUGGAUUGCGAGCUGUGAAACAAAGUGCUGAGAAUUCAUUGGCGCAGGCAGCCACUUUCGGUCCAAUGAACGAGCAACUAGGUCGAUUACUCGAAAAAGCUGCUGACGAUGCGAGUAGAAGAGCUAAUGAGAUGCAACGACCAUGA